AUGAAGAAAUCCAUGGAUAAAAUAUCUUCCGAUAAAUCUACAUCGGAGUUGGAGACCUUGUUCUCUUUUAAGAGAUACUAUAUCAAUAAUCUCGACUCUUAUCAUGGAGAGUAUAUUUUAAAAGAAGUGUCGAAAGUUUUAGAGAAGAAUGCGGUAGUAUCAACAAGAGAGACGUCUCAGACGGUCGUCGGUGAAGAUAUGGAGCCAGCGGCACCCCCACCACCAGAACAGCUGUAUGAAAUUAUAGGUACAGUAGCUGACACAAGAAUCAAAAGCAUUGAUAAUGUCGCUAGAAUCGUACUUAAAACUGAGUGCUUACCACAAAUGUUGACAAGCGGCACAGUUAUUUUAGACAUCAGCUAUGAUAGGGACGAACUUGCCGUUGCGAUGGAUUACAUGAAACUUUUAAAAGAUUUAUUGGAAAAGCAAACACCGGCCGGUAAUGUAUCUGACGUUGAUGACGGCGGAGGUGAAUCCAAAAAAAGAUAUUUGAUUCUGAUAUCUACUGUGAUGACAUGGGCGAGCACUAAGCCAUUAGAUCCGGAUACCCCGGACAUGCCGUUUAUUGAGUCAGAUUUUCGUAAAAGAAAGCCGCAUCCGAACUAUAAAAUGCACUAUGACGUAGAAAACGAAGUAAUCAGCAUUGCCAGAAAAUAUAGAUCUCAAAUUGGAGCGCUGAUUAUUGGGUCUGGCGUUACAUACGGUGGACGCGAAGAUGUCCUGUUCUACUGGUUCCAAAAAGCUUGGGAAUGUGAAAAAGUUCUGCCAAUACUUGGUCGCGGCGGCAAUGUUGUUCCCCUUAUCAACGUUAUUGAUCUUGCACAAAUUGUUUACAAUUUGAUUGUUGAUUUUCCUAAGAAACUAUACAUAUUGGCUGUAGAACAAAUCAUUACAAAGCAACGAGAGAUAGUGAAACCGCUCGGCCGUAUCGUAGGUUCUGGAAUGUUCAAAUGCAUACCACAAGAAGAUGCGUUUUUGAUCAAAGAGAUAGACCAAAGAAUAUACGAUCUGAUGAUCCUGAAUUUGAAUAUGGAACCAACUUUUAUCGUGGAAACAAUGGCCCUCCAAUGGACUUCAGAACUUACUUUUGCUGAGAACGUCCCAGCGCUCAUGAAGCAGUUCAAAAAGGAGAGAGGACUGAAACCUUUUAAGGUUAUUGUAUAUGGACCUCCAAUAGUUGGCAAGACCACUUUGUCUAAACUCCUCUGCGAGGCCUACGGCUUGGUCUACAUUUCACCGGAGACUGUUGCUCAAGAUAUGUUAGAAGAUUUGGCAUGGCGUGUCAGCCACUGGGAGGUUGGUGAAAUAGCCGCCCUAGCACCGCCGACGGGCGAAGAGGAGGACCCAGCGGCCACGGACGUCGAUGAUGACGCGGGCGAGGAAGAGGGCGUUCAAGAGGCUGCGAGGAACACCCUCUCAGUACUGCGGUCUGGCAGGCCGCUGACCGACGAAGAUGUUAUGGGGUAUCUACGCCAACGCCUUUUAUGUCGUGAAUCUCUGAACAGGGGAUGGGUUCUCGAUGGCUUCCCCACCUCUUUGGCACAGUGUGCUGCACUCUUUGAAAAAGGCGAAGAGCAAGACUCUGACGUAGAGGAAGAAAACGAAGAAGAACAAUUUGAUGAAGACGUAGAUUUAUAUAGCAAUGUUCUGAAAAAAAUGUUGCCAGACAUAGUAGUAUCACUAGAAGCAAGUGAUGACUUCAUUUGUGAGAAAGCUAUGCGCCAGCCCGAGGGUGACUCGCGUCUCGAUGAGGAGGCGGUGCUGAAGCGCCUUAGCGAGUUCAGAACUGGAGAUUCCCGUGACGUGUCACCGCUGAACUUCUUCGAUGAGCUGGACAUACACCCACUAGUUGUUCCUGUGAAGGAGCACAGUGAUUAUGGAAUGAAGGGCUCGUAUGCUGCUGUUGCUUUGCGUAUGGGAAGGCCUUGUCGCUAUGGAAAACUUUUGGCCCUUAUUGAAGCUGCUGAGAAGAAAGAAAAAGAGGAACUAGAAACAUUACGAGCCAAAGAAGCUAAAGCAAUGAAAGAACUCGAGCAAAAGAUGAAAGAGGAAAGGGAAGAAAAAAUGGAGUACUGGUCCGAAUUGUACGCUCUACUGCGCGAGGAAGAAGAAGCGGCCUUGGCAGCGGCCGGCGAGCCGAUGCGGAACUACCUGGUGCACCACAUUUUCCCGACGCUAACGCCUGCACUCCUCGAGGUGGCUAAGCUCCGGCCGGAUGAUCCUAUUGACUUCUUGGCUGAAUACUUGUUCAAGAUGAACCCAAGUGGAAAGAUGCUUGAGCCAGGCUAUAAUCUCCAAGCCGAAAAAUUACUCGGAAAGAUUAAAAUACUUGACGACGCAUUGAAAGAUCUCGACAUCAAGAUCGAUCCCCUCAUUCCCCCCGAAGCCGAAGUGGGUGAAUCUGGAGACAAGAAAAAUAUCAGUAGCAUGAGUGCUUUUUAAUAUUACUCUAUUGUUGUUA